AGCUUCCAAAUCAAAGACUUUCUUCUUUGAGCACGUUACGGAUAUGGGAGAUUCCCAAGUUAGGGAUUACUCUUACGUCUGAAAGAAUUCACAGUGUAAGUAGAGAUUCCACUCUUUCUACUUUGACAUGUAAUCUUAUUUCUUUCUUUUCUAUUACAGAAUGGCGGGCAAACAUAACUAUAAUUGGAAUGUAAGUCUUCUUUUUUUUUUUUUUAUCGGUAUAAUUAGGAUGUAGGUCUUGAUUCUUAGGCUUUCUCAUUUUGCUUUUGUGCAGUCUUGAAAGCAUAAGUUUAGACUUGACAUAAGUUUGGCUGACAGGAGUGAUAAGUUCAAAUUCAUUUUAUCUUGGACCAAAUAGUCACAGAACGGAACAUGAUUAAUCAAAGUUGGCAACCCACACGUGCACCUCAUUCAAACUCCAAUAAAUGAGUGUCAUCUGUAGUAUAACUCUUCGUCAAGGCGGUCUUAAGAAUUUUAACUAAAAUCCAGAAAUAAAACCGCAGCAUACACAAGAGUCUAACUGUGCAGGUAGUAAGAUGUCUACACUGCUCAGGGCUCACAGAAAACGAACUUUACUUCCAGAGAUCAAAAGAGGUGAUGGUCCUAACAAGCAUGAACAAUCUGGCCCAUCUCCAUAUCUAGAUUCAACAGCGGUUCCAGAUUCAUCGAACAGUCAAAAGAUGUUACAUUCAUCGCAAAGAUUUGAGCGCAGAAGAAAUGCUAGUUGUGAAAAUCAAGAAGUUAUUAUAGACGCUCAAACGAACAAUCAAAGCAAAAGAAAGAAGUUAAGUACAACAUGGAAUGCCACUGGAAAGAUUAGUUUAGAGGACCUUCAACAGAAUUAUGGUAAAAACCGUGAAGAGGCAGCAGAAAGUCUUCAAGUUAGCGUCUCUACAUUUAAGCGAAUAUGCAGGAAGCAUGGAAUUCCCCGCUGGCCAUCUUCCAAGAGAAAGAAAGGCAAGUGUCUCCUCUCUGCUCAGAAGUGCAAUGCAUCUGGCCAAUCUUUCUCAACAUCAUCCCGUGUGAUUGAAGCUCUUGAAGAAUCGUCACUUCGUUCCACUCCGUCUAAACACGAGGAGGCUAGUAUGUCACUUAACCAUAACAUGCUAGGAACUGGUGAAACAACAAAGGGAAACAAUAUCCUUCAAGAGAGAGCCUCGGCCAGACAAGGAGUGACGUACAAAUCACAACAGCAUAAGCCAAGAAAUGGUAGCAUCUCCUUUAAAAGUUCGAUGCUUGGUGCUCUGGAAAAAGGAUCUCAACCACCACGAAAUGGUAUGCCGUGUGAGGAGGAUAUCGAGACCUCUUCUAUCUCUAGGAAAAAGAGAGAAAGGCUGGAGGAAGAAGCAUAUUGUAUGGAUCCGAUGACUCAUUUUGAAGGAAAACUGCCAGAAACACUGAACUACACUUCCAAAAGGCAGGAAGCUGAUGGCACUAGCAAAGGGCCAUCUUGUCUUAGCUCAAUAAGUUGGACUAGUGGAGGCUUCAAUAAGGAUUCCAAUCUCAGUUUACUGUCAAUCACCGGUCAUGUUGUGGAUGACAUGGGUUCUACUCGUAUGGGAGUUCAACCUUGUCUUGCAUCAAUGUCAGCAAAUCUAUUGAGCUCACCAUCCUGCAAUGAAAACACUGCACAGAGCGUGAAGCUUCGUUUCAACAACUUGAUUGCGUUGCCUCUGAAAGAUCUCACUGACCCCGCGAACGAGGCUUCCAUGAAAGAAACAUUGUCAAUCCUAGCUGACAAUCUCUUUUUGUUUUCAGAAGAACAAACCAAGAGGAUAGUUGACCUCAAGCUUGAAUUUACUUCCCUUGUGCAUAGCUGGAGAGAGUAUUCUCGAUCCCAGAUGCAGAGUCAAAAGUUCUUCACUGACUUGGAGAAAACUAGAAAUAUGGCGGCGACUUCAGCGAAAGAUAAAGAGUGCCUCAAGAUUAGAUACGAAGAACUUCAAAGGAAGAAGGAGGAAUUGAUGGCACAAUUGGAGGCAGUGCAAAAAGAGCAGGACGGGGUAGCUGAACAGGGGCGUGUAAAGUCCAAGGAGACGGAAUAUUUGGUUUCUUUGGCAGAGGAAAAAGCAAGAAGAACCAAAGAAAAAAACCUGGUGAUGACAACUACCCGUGAUAAGUUGAAUAACUUAGUUGAUCGAUGGGCUGCAAUACCAUCUCUCUUUAUGUAAAUUGGCUAGUACAUUAAAUUUGGUUCUAUAUUGCACCGUUCGACACUGCCAAGUCCUUGUAGCUCAAUCUAGUAAAAGCCUUUGGUCAAGACCCACAACAUAAUAAUUUAAAUCAUUUCUACAUCAUGAAAAUCUUUCUUUUACAUGUUUUUUCCAUCUUUAGAGAUGGGACAUUUUGUAUCUGGUUAAGAAAUGCAACAGGUCAUAUAUUGGAAAUAAAUGGCAUCAGCUUCAGUAAGCUUA